AUGCUGGAGCAGGAGCUAUCCCCGGUUAUCUCCCGGAGAGAGGGCUCCGGACUGCGGCUCCUGCGGCUCCUUCCUCCCGCAUCACGACUGCUGCUCUCCCCGCACACCGAGACUGGCCCCAGAGCAACGCGAGUGCAGCAGAGGAGCGUGUGGAGGGAGACGGGCCAAAGCACGGCCCCCGGGCGCACCGCGGUCCUCCUGCAGGUGGCUCUGGGUCCGUCUGCUCAGAAAUAA